AUGCAGAUGAGACCCAACGCCAACAACACCAGCGACGGGACGGACUCGGCUGCCCUCCAGCAGUCCUACCAGUUCAUUCCAACCGGUCAAAACUACUCUCAGUCCUGUUUUUUGGAGCAAAACAAUCUGAUUGGAACGAUGCCUCCAGUCACACACAAUACCGUAUUCCCUUUGGAUAUGAACACCAACAACUUUAUACAAUUUGAUUAUCAAAAUGGAAAUUGUGAAAGUAAGAAUAACCUGGAUUUCGUUUGCAUAGAUCAAUCUUUCAGGCUUCAAUAAUUUAAUUCUGGAUGAGAGUUCUACGUCAAAAAAUGUCAACCGAAGUAAGGAUGACUGUCAAUCCUCUGGAUCUUCAGCUCCAACAGGAGGAAUAUCUAAGAGAAAGAAGCGGAGACAUCGAACAAUCUUCACACAAUAUCAAUUAGAUGAACUGGAGAAGGCGUUCAAAGUAGCUCACUACCCGGAAAUGACAGCUCGAGAACUCCUGGCACAAAAAACGGAACUUCCAGAAGACAGGAUUCAGGUAAUCCCACCGAAACUCAUAACAUUCCUACCUCUAACACACAUUAUACAUUGCCUCAUUCUUAGGUGUGGUUUCAAAACCGACGAGCCAAAUGGAGAAAGACGGAGAAAACCUGGGGAAAGAGCACGAUAAUGGCAGAAUAUGGACUAUACGGAGCCAUGGUGAGACAUCAACUUCCGUUGCCAGAGACCAUAGCCAAGAGCACUGAAGGCGAUCCAGAGAAGUCUGCCGCUCCAUGGCUAUUAGGUAAGUGAAAGGAACCUUUCUCUAAUUCUCAUCAAUAAUGAUAAUUAAGAUUCCUAUUGCAGGAAUGCAUAAAAAGAAUAUUGAGACCAGAGGUCAAUGGGAUGCGGAUGGAUCAGAAGACGAGGAAGAUGUUGAGGAAAAUAAGGAAAAGAAAUCACUCCACUUCGACCACUUGAAGGCCAAAGAAGAACUGAAUCUGGCAAACAUUCCCUUAUCACUCCAAUCCUAUACAGUAUCCAAUUUUCCAUACGGCCCAUAA